GAAGGCUCCCGCAGCUCCAUGGUGGCCAGGUUCUUUCAAGAGGUCUACACAUUCUGUACAUGAGCUCAGGCGGCUUCUAAGAUGGCAGCCGUGGGUAAGGUAGAUGAUCUCGUCUCCCUUCUCGACGGCCAGCUUUCUAAUGUGCAAGCUGCUAGCCUCUUACAGAGUGCCAAUGGUUGCAUUGAGACCGCGAUUGCGCAAUAUUUCGCUUCUGCUGCAGAGACAGGAGGCAAUGGGGGGGCCGCCGCAGAACCUCAGUGCGAUACUUUGGAGUCCAAGGUCCAAAUGCUGAAGAGCAUGCUUCCCCAUGUAGCGGAUGCAACUCUCAAGAGGCAUUUGAAAGCUGCCAAAGGGUCCGUAGAUCGCGCUGCCGAUGCAUACUUUGGAGCGCAGCUUGACGCGACCUCGCAGCAGCCGGCAUUGGGUGAGACCGCAAAGGGUUUUCAGUCUAGAGCGAUGUGUGGAGUGGAGGGAGCGGCAGGGAGCCACAUUUCAAAAGCCACGGAGAAUGGCACUUCAAGUUCGAAACAAUCUCCUCAAAAUGCAGCAGUAGAGGCAAGGCAAGCCGCCGUGCCACUAGCAGCAAGGAGCAGUGCAGGCGGACCGCUUACAGCUUCAACAAUUGGCCAGGACACACCAGGCCCAAGCAAUGCCGUGUCCCUGGUGGAGCUUUCUGAAGCAGAACAAGAAGAAGCACCGAGAAGGCGUCCCAAGCGCAAGCGCGUCGCCACCGUCCCAUUCUCCCCCGACAAGCCGGACGAAUCAACACCCAAGAAGAAGGUUCAUAAGCCCCUGCAACCGCUUGUAACCAGUGCUUCAUCAGGCGAGACUUUUGUGAUCCAAAGAGGCGACGGCCGCAGGUACCCGCUCCCCCUGAAAGAGCACCGUAACGGCUACGGACGGUUGUUUGCAGCGUACGAAACGGAGCUCCCAAAUCUAGUCCCCCCCCCCAAGAAACUCGACUUCACUUUCCCCGGGGUCCACCUAGGGUCCUUCUGCAUCAAUCUCACCCCUGAUGCGGCCAAGAGCAUCAACGCAAACUCGGGAUUUGUGGAGGUAGCGUGGAGCGAGCUGUCAUGGCUUAAGCAAAUGGUUCUGAUAGACGGAGACGGGAACCCGCAGGGCCUCUUCCAAAAGGAGGAGUCGGACGACACCAUGGUUGUCCACCUGUCGCUUGAGGCCAAGCAGGGGGGGGGUUUCGCGCCCAACGUCGAGGAGGCGACAUACCUGGCGCAUCGUGACGGGCUCGUCAGGCUCUUUGCGACCCUCGACAACUGCGGCGAUGCAAAAAAGAAUGGCACAAAACGAUUCCCCAACGAGGCCAUGAGCAGAUUGUCGGCGUUCACCCGCGGUAACCACAGGGCCACACGGGGCCCUGCAGUGUUCGUUCACGUGUGCCUGACGGAGAAGGCGUGCCGGUACAACUUUCCGGAUGGGGGGUUCGAGGAGCGCAAGAAUGGAAAGAUGGCGGGCAAUCGCCGCCUCCUGCCGAUUGCCAUGGCGCUGCGCUACUAUGGUUUUGGACUAGAGCACGGCCCCGACUCUGACGAGCUGCUGAACUUUGGGCCAGAUGUCCCCCCACCUGAGGCAGUCAGCGAACAGCACUUCGAUCUGUUCAACCUCUUGGCGUCGAUUGACCUUCCCGAGUCGGCCCCUGCGGCGCUAACACCCCCUCAGCUUCUGACCCAGCCCAUGGAGUACCAGCGGAAGGCCCUGUCGUGGAUGAUGACGCGCGAGGGCGCUCUAGGGGGGUCGAACGUGAGGCGGAACAUCCUGACGUUACACCCCUGUUGGCAGCAGCUACUGACCGUGGACGGACAGGUGCUGUACAUGCAGCGGGAGGACGGGGCGUGCAGCCAGAACUUCUACACUGCGCCGCACCAGGGGACGUGCGGGGGGCUGCUCUGCGAUGAGAUGGGCCUCGGUAAAACUCUGGAGAUGCUCAUGCUCGUCCUCGCGAACCCCCCUCCCCCUGGCUGGGCCGUCGUUGACGCGUCCACGUGGGACCACAGGGAUGACGUCAUGCCGAUCAAAGCAACGCUGGUGGUCGUCCCCGCGAGCCUGCUCAACCAGUGGAAGCGGGAGGUCGAGCUGCACGUGCGGCCGGGCGCGCUGAAAGUGCUGCAUUACGAGGGGAGGCACCGCAGGGGCGCGGGCGUCGGGAAGCGCGCCGCGGUCAACUGGGGGCUGGAGCAGUAUGACAUCGUGAUUACGUCAUACGAGGUCAUCCGGACGGAGCUGGCGGGAUCUGCCGACUCCCCGCUCUUGUCGUACGGCUUUUGGCGGGUGGUCCUGGACGAGGCGCAACUGGUGGCCAACAGCUCGUCGGUCGCUGCCGUUACCGCGUCCAGCAUCAUGCGUCGGCACGCCUGGGUCGUGACUGGUACGCCCAUCACGAGCCGCCUCGACGAGCUGCAAGGCCUGCUCGAUUUCCUCGCGGUGCAGCCGUUCGGGGAUCCGACCGUCUUCCGCUCCAUGCUCAAGAUUCCGUACGAGACGCGCACCGCUGUCGGGCUGCAGCGGCUCCGGGUGCUGCUCAAGACGAUCAUGAUCCGCAGGACAAAGGCGGGGGUCGCCGCUGAGAUGGUCCUCCCGCCCUGCACCCGCGUCGACUCCAUCCUCCGCUUCUCCGACGCGGAAACCAGCUACUACCAACGCGUGCACGAGGGCUUCGUCGCCGCGAUCAAGCGCAUGGAGCGUCACCACGCCACCCGCGACGUGCGGCGCCUCGAAGGAUUCGACCCAUCGAACCUGGGCGCCAAAGUGACGGGACAGGCGCUCGCGAACCUCACGCGGCUGCGCCAGGCGUGCUGCCACCCGCAGAUCAUCCGCACGGGGAACGAGUACCUGGGGAAGGCGCGGCUGACGAUGACGCAGAUCAUGGCCAAGCUGGCAGUGGCCAUCGGAAAGCAGAAAGAAACAGCAGCCGCGAACAUCUUCGAGCCCCUGCUCGCCGACCUGGCCCGGUGCGGAGCCCUCGCGCUCGAGCGCGCCGGCCAGAUCAAGGCCCCGGUGGACGGCGACCUUGAAGCAGAGCGCGCCACUCGGCAGGCCGCCGCCAAAGCGUCGUACGAGCGCCUCGAGCUGACGGCGCUGACGGCCUACUCGCAACUGCUCGAAAAGGACGUCAUGGUCGGGGAGGAAGUCGGGGAAAGAGCGAGGAGUGUUGGGGACAGGGUCACGGAGCUUGAGGACGAGCUGGGCAUCACCGCGGAGCGGAUCGCGGCCGCCGAGGCCGGCCGGAAGCUGACGCGCGCGGAGCAGAAGAAGCAAAAAUGGGUAACGGAGCAAGAGAGCACCCUUUGGCGGUCGGCAGGCUGGCAGAGGGCGCGGGGAGAAGCGGGGGAAUGGACUUCUGGGGCGGGGCCGAGCACCUCAGCACCCGCAGAAGCCUUCACGGGCCGGCUGACGCGCCGCGGCAAGCGGAAGCUGGAGGAGUUGGCCGGCGGUUCGGAUGCGGACGCGGAUCGGACGGGCGUGGAGACGUCCAAGCUGUCCGAAUACGACAGGGAGAUCGCCGACAUUCUGGAGGGGCCGCAGGUAACUAGGAAGGGGAAGAAAAAGCACGUGAGGACGGCCGAGCAGAGGGUCGGCGCGGCGGCCGCGGCGGUGGACAGGGCCAAGGAAAGGAUGGAGGACUUGUUCAGACAGGAAAAGCACCUCGAUUUCAAACUCGACGAGAUGGAGAAGGGCAAGGGCAAACUCGACUCCAACGGGGCUUCCACUUCCGACGCCGCAACAAACGGUGACUUCGCAAACGGCGCGCUGCCGAGUGGGUUUUUGGUGACAGAGCAAACGGUGGUCCAAGAAGACAAGACCCAGUGCCCCAUCUGCCUGGACUCGUGCGAGGACUGUGGGGCGGUCACGGUGUGUGGGCAUUACUUCUGCUCCGACUGCAUCCACGGGUACAUUCAAAGCAAGGGCGCCGACGCGCCGUGUCCGCUGUGCCGCCACAAGCUAAAGACCAAGGACGUGUUCAACGCGUGCAAGGAGGCGGAGAAGAAACAAGGGGACCUGCCGGACCUGAGCGGCGAGUACGGAACCAAGGUCUCGGCGCUAAUCUCGGAGCUAAUCGACCUUCGGAACACGGACCCGACCGCGAAGAGCGUCAUCUUCAGCUCGUGGAGGCUGCUGCUUAACCUGGCGGGGGAGGCGCUCGCGCACAACGGCUUCCAGUACUCCCUACUCUGGGGUCGGCCCGAAGAGCGCGUGCAGGCGCUCAGAGACUUCAACGAGAACCCGAACGUGCGCGCCAUUCUCGUUAUGAUGGGCAACUCGGGCGGAGCAGCAGGGUUGACGCUAACCGCCGCAUCGACCGCUUUCAUCCUCGAGCCGAGCGUUAACCCGGGCAUGGAGGCACAGGCCGCAGCCAGGAUUCAUAGACUCAGUCAAGACCGUCCCACACGCGUCGUGCGGUUCAUUGUAGAUAAGACGAUCGAGCCGAAAAUUGUAAAGCUACAAGGCAAGAAACUAGAGAUGGGCAGCAGCGGCGGCGGCGGGAUCGUAAUAGAGCAGUUGCGAGGGCAGGAUCUGCUGGAGCUUAUCGAUGACGACACAAAGGGCAAGCAGCAAGUCGAAUAAACACUAAUCAAGGCAUCGACUCAAAAUGACCAAUCGGGAGCGCUGUAUAAGGUUGGGAUAAAAUGGGGCAGCUUUGUGGAGCUGGUUCGCCUUCGCGUCAAUGUUUACUUCCAAAAAGAAAUUGCCAUGGCUAUCAGGAACCGGUAGAGAUGGAAACGGUUGCCAUUUGUGUCCGGACGUUGGUCGUCUUAAGGGGCACGGCCUGCAAUGCCAUGCGGCUGGCAGCUUGCAGCUUGCAGAAGCAUAAGACGAUGUCACUCGUAAAGCGAACACAAUCUAACCACAAUCUGUACAGCAUUUUGGAUUUCGUCGGAUUCGAGUGCUUGAACGACCCAUGCCAGAGGCGGAUCUCUUCUUGCUCAGAGCACUUGCUUCGU